GAGGCGGGGCUUAGGGAAGUGAGUCCUCCUGUCGCUCCCUGCUAGUCUGUCACAGCCUUGGGCGUCUUACCUCCGCGGAGCCAUGGCGGUGUCUGCCCGGUCCGCGCGGGUCCAGCCGGACUCACAUAAAGUACAGAAAGACAAGGCUGGACAGUCUUCAGGGCCGAGCCAGGGCAGCGGAAUGGGGAAACUCUUGGGGUUUGAGUGCACAGAUGUUUCCAGCUGGGGAAGGCUGGUGACCCUGCUGAAUCGACCAACGGAUCCUGCCAGCCUGGCUGUCUUCCGUUUUCUCUUUGGGCUAAUGAUGGUGCUGGACAUUCCCCAAGAGCGGGGGCUCAGCUCUCUGGACCGAAGAUACCUGGAUGGGCUGGACGUGUGCCGCUUCCCCUUGCUGGACGCCCUGCAGCCACUACCACUUGACUGGAUGUAUCUUGUCUAUACCAUCAUGUUUCUGGGGGCACUGGGCAUGAUGCUGGGCCUGUGCUACCGGAUAAGCUGUGUGUUAUUCCUGCUGCCAUACUGGUAUGUGUUUCUCCUGGACAAGACCUCAUGGAACAACCACUCCUAUCUGUAUGGUUUGUUGGCCUUUCAGCUGACAUUCGUGGAUGCAAACCGCUACUGGUCUGUGGACGGCCUGCUGAAUGCCCGCAAGCGGAAUGCCCACGUGCCCCUUUGGAACUAUGCUGUGCUGCGUGGCCAGAUCUUCAUUGUGUACUUCAUUGCGGGUGUGAAAAAGCUGGACGCAGACUGGGUAGAAGGCUAUUCCAUGGAAUAUCUGUCCCGGCACUGGCUCUUCAGUCCCUUCAAACUAGUAUUGUCCGAGGAGAUGACCAGUCUACUGGUGGUGCACUGGUGCGGACUGCUGCUCGACCUUUCAGCUGGUUUCCUGCUCUUUUUUGAUGCCUCGAGGUCCAUCGGCCUCCUCUUCGUGUCCUACUUCCACUGCAUGAAUUCCCAGCUUUUCAGCAUUGGUAUGUUCCCCUACGUCAUGCUGGCCAGCAGCCCUCUCUUCUGCUCCCCUGAGUGGCCCCGGAAGCUGGUAUCUCGCUUCCCCGAAAGGCUGCAGGAACUACUACCCCUCAAGGCUACCCCUCAACCCAGUGUGUCCUGCGUGUACAAGAGGAGCCGGGCCAAAGGUGGCCAUAAGCCAGGGCUGCGCCAUCGGCUGGGUGCUGCCUUCACGCUGUUCUACCUCCUGGAGCAGCUUUUCCUGCCCUACUCCCAUUUCCUCACCCAGGGCUAUAACAACUGGACAAAUGGGCUGUAUGGCUACUCCUGGGACAUGAUGGUCCACUCACGCUCCCACCAGCACGUGAAGAUCACCUACCGUGAUGGCCGCACUGGCGAGCUGGGCUACCUUAACCCUGGGGUAUUCACACAGAGCCGGCGAUGGAAGGAUCACGCAGACAUGCUGAAGCAAUAUGCCACUUGCCUGAGCCACCUGCUUCCCAAGUACAAUGUCACUGAUCCCCAGAUCUACUUUGAUAUUUGGGUCUCCAUCAAUGACCGCUUCCAGCAGAGGAUUUUUGACCCUCGUGUGGACAUCGUGCAGGCCGCCUGGUCCCCCUUCCAACGUACACCUUGGCUGCAGCCACUGUUGAUGGACCUGUCUCCCUGGAGGACCAAGUUACAGGAAAUCAAGAGCAGCCUGGACAACCACACUGAGGUGGUCUUCAUUGCAGAUUUCCCAGGGCUGCACCUGGAGAAUUUUGUGAGUGAAGACCUGGGCAAUACUAGCAUUCAGCUGCUGCAGGGGGAGGUGACUGUCGAGCUGGUGGCAGAACAGAAGAACCAGACUCUUCAGGAGGGAGAAAAAAUGCAGUUGCCUGCUGGUGAGUACCAUAAGGUGUAUACCAUAUCAUCCAGUCCUUCCUGCUACAUGUACAUCUACGUCAAUACUACAGAGCUGGCAUUGGAGCAAGACCUGGCAUAUCUGCAAGAAUUAAAGGAGAAGGUAGAGAAUGGAACUGAAACGGGGCCUCUGCCUCCAGAGCUGCAGCCUCUGCUGGAAGGGGAAGUACAAGGGGGCCCUGAGCCAACACCACUGGUUCAGACCUUUCUUAGACGCCAGCGAAGGCUCCAAGAACUUGAACGCCGGAGAAAUACCCCUUUCCAUGAGCGGUUCUCCCGCUUCUUGCUGCGGAAGCUCUAUAUCUUUCGUCGCAGCUUCCUGAUGACUUGUAUCUCGCUUCGAAAUCUGGUACUAGGCCGCCCUUCCCUGGAGCAGCUGGCCCAAGAGGUGACUUACGCAAACUUGCGACCCUUUGAGCCAGUGGGAGAGUUGAGUCAUUCAAACACAGAUUCUUCAAAUUCUAAUCCUCCUGAGCCAAAUUCUGACCAUGUCCACUCAGAGUUCUGACUUGGAUACAGAUGUGGGAGCAACCAGUCAUAGGACCAUUAACCUGUGUAGUGGGAAUGUGAAGAAAUUGAUAUUUUAUACAUUUUUUCUUUGUCUGUAGUUCUUUAAAAUUCAGAGAGGAUACCUUAGAGGAACGAUGGGAGUGAAUCAAGGAUGAACUUUAUCACAUCAAGGUUAAGGGGCUAAGGGGUUUAAAAGCAAUAUGAAAAUACCCUUCUAGGAUAAAGGGGUAAAAGUCCGGUUUAACGACUGGCUUCUUGGGGAAAGAGAUUUAAUGUACCAUGAUGACCUGUUUUCAAGUACUUGUUAUAUGCUAGGCGCUGUGUGAAGUAUUGUGCCUGUGUUACUAUAUUUAGUUCUUACUAGCCAUUAGCCCUAUUUUACAGUUGGAGAAAGAGAGGCUUAGAGACAGUUUUAAUUUGCUCAAAGAAAACACCUAGUAAGAGAUGUAUAGAUGGUUUGACUCUCAUCUAUUUGACUUAAGGUCCCAUACCCUGCCUCUUGUAAUUUGCAGAAUCACUGACAAUAAUAAUGAAAUAAUGCAACUUCAAAUUUGUCUUCUUAGUUACAGGCAAGAUUAGGAUAGUGAUCAAGUUCUAAAUGCGCAGGGUAAUUUUUUCUUCUCUGCCGUUGUGAUUUCUUCAUUGUUACUGUUGUGUAUACAGCCAGUAGUUUUUUCCCUAGCAGCUAUGAGAAUAGUUAGAAUAGGACAAAGUCAAACUAAUAAGGAAAAUUAGAAGGUUGGUAGUAGGUCCCUUGAGCUCAGUGUAUUUAGCAUUAUUCUAGCCUUUAGUGAAAAGAGAGUGAUGUAAAGUAGGAAUUAACCAAACUUGGGUAUGGAUUAGGGUAUGUUUGCAGUUAUUCUGUAGGUCUGGAUGUACAGGGUGAUUGAGGAUGCACCUCAGUUCUUGAAAACUCAAAAACCUGGCACUUGGGCUAGGAAGUAAGAAUGUACAGAGAAAAAAGGUGGAGGAAAGAAAGCUCCUGCUCUGGAUGCUCUUGGUCUCAUAGCAAAGACCAGCAAUGAAUUAGCAGUCCCAGCAACUCCAAUAAAGGAUGACAUCUCUA